AUGUUUACUCUACAGAGAUUGGUAGUGUCAGCUCUGCUGAUACUUACUGUCACCUUUUUGUUCUUCGCCCAAACCGCCGAAGCUACCAAGGGACCAAAGAUAACGCACAAGGUCUACUUCGACAUCCAGCAUGGCGACGAACCCAUGGGAAGGAUUGUGAUGGGUCUUUACGGCAAAACAGUCCCAAAGACUGUUGAGAACUUCCGCGCAUUGGCAACUGGGGAGAAGGGAUUCGGAUAUGAAGGGUCCAACUUCCACCGUGUUAUCCAGAACUUCAUGAUUCAGGGUGGUGACUUUACCAAGGGAGAUGGUACUGGUGGAAAGUCCAUCUACGGCGACAAAUUCCCAGAUGAGAACUUCAAGCUCAAGCACUCCAAGGUUGGACUUCUCAGCAUGGCCAACGCAGGACAAGAUACCAAUGGCUCCCAAUUCUUCAUCACCACUUCUACACCAGGUCAUCUCAAUGGCAAACACGUUGUCUUUGGUGAGGUCCUCGAGGGCUACGAGAUCGUUCAGAAGAUUGAGCAGGUUCCAAAACAACCUGGAGAUAGGCCAACACAGGCAGUCAAGAUUAUCAAGAGUGGAGAGCUUGAGGUUCCACCAGAAGAUGAAGAAUACGGUAAAGCCGAAUUUCAGGCUGGCCAGGGAGAAGUUGUUGAUACACCAACGUCGGCUACGUCUUCUGGCAUUCCUGCUGCUACCGCAGUCAUUCCCGUUGUCAAUUCCCCAAUCACCGAUGAUGUUUCCACCGAAGGGUUUAGCCUUAUGCAAAAGGGAUUGUUCUUGGCCGUCAUUUUGGGCUGCGUUGCUGGUUAUAUGCGGUUGAACAACAAAAAGACUCGACGUUUUGAUGAGAAAAGCAUGGCAUGA